UCAAAAAGUACGCGUCGUGAAACAGACAGUUCGGACUCUACAGACAGAUUGGAACUAACUACAAAACAAAGAUAUUUUACCAUGACACAUAUUUAUUAUCGAUUAAAUCAAAUGACUGCCGCAUAGUUACCACAGUACUAGUGAUUUAAAUAGAUCAAUAUGGCGACAUCACUCAGUUAUUCUGCUGGGUUUGUUCUCGGCAUUGAUCUGGGCACGACGUCUGUAAAAGUCGUGCUUCUGGAUGCCCAGUCAAAGACAGUGACAGAUUGCGCGAGUUACCCCACAAACUCCGACAUCACCUGCACACAAGACACUAAUGCAAAAGAGCAGGAUCCUGUACUAAUAAUCGCCGCUUUGGACCGAUGCAUGGAUGCUUUACCCAAAGACAAAUUGCAAAAAGUAAAGCGUAUUGGAAUAUGUGGGCAAAUGCAUGGCAUUUUGCUGUGGAAAUCAAACGCAGGUUGUGAAUGGCUGAAGAGAGAUACAGUCACUAGAUACAUUCCUAAAGGCGUAAGUCAGCUGAUCACCUGGCAAGAUGGGCGAUGCAGCAAAUCCUUUCUUUCUUUUCUGCCUCUACCAGACUCCCACAUGAGUGUAGCCACUGGCUUUGGUUGUGCAACCAUCUUCUGGUAUAAGAUCAACAGGCCGAAGUUCCUGUCAGGUUUCAAUGUGGCAGGCACCAUCCAAGACUAUGUAGUUUCCAUGCUGUGUAACCUUGACAAUUGUGUCAUGACUGCACAAAAUGCAGCCAGCUGGGGCUACUUCAACACAACCACCAAUGAAUGGAACGAAAAUAUUCUUCAGACUGCUGGUUUUCCUGUUCACCUCUUGCCUGCAGUGGUAAAGUCAGGAGCUGUUGCUGGUCACACUUGUUCUGAAUGGUUUGGCAUCCCUCCUAAAACACCUGUAGGGGCAGCGCUAGGAGACUUGCAGUGUAGUGUAUACUCCUGCAUGAUUGACACAGGAGAUGCAGUUCUGAAUAUGAGCACUUCAGCCCAGCUAACGUUCGCCAUGCCUGCUGAGUUCUGCCCACCGAGCUGUCCAGACCCCCUCUCCUCUGUUGCUUAUUUCCCGUACUUCCACGGAUCUCAUCUGGCAGUGGCUGCGUCUCUUAAUGGAGGCAAUGCCAUGGCAACAUUUGUCAGAAUGUUGGGAUCAUGGAUGAAGGAAUUUGGAGUAGAAGUGAGUGAGUCCAGAAUCUACUCCCAGCUGAUCCAGUCUGCCCUGACACAGCCUAAAACUGACCUAGUUGUGUCCCCGACACUGUUAGGAGAACGGCAUGACCCCACCGCCCUCGCUAGUGUCUGUCAAAUCUCGCCCAAUAACCUCUCACUGGGUCACGUGACUCGGGCUGUGUGCAGGGGCAUUAUUCAGAACUUGGCCAAUAUGAUGCCCCUUCAAAGUCUACAGGCUGCAGGCGUGAAGAGAAUUAUUGGUAGUGGCAGUGCUCUAUCAUGUAAUACUGUUCUGCAACAGGAAGUUGAAGCAGUAUUUCCGUUACCUGUAGUCUACGGAAAAGAUGUGGAUUCAGCUGUUGGAGUUGCCAUGGUGUUCAAUGAUCAAAUAUAGAAGAGACACCAUUCAGCUGUAUCACAUGCAGUGAUGUGUAGACCGUUUCCAAGAAAUUAGCUUAUUUGGCUGGAAACAAAGAAGGUUUAUUUCUCCCUUCAGAUGAUAUCAGCUCUGGGUUUUCACAGAAAAUUGUCAAAUAUAACAUUUAUAAUAUACCCUAUACUUAAUACCACUAUAAUUUAUACUAACUAACAACUAGCGCUAUACAUACAUACAUUUUAAAGGAAUAGUUGCGUCCGCAUUCAGGAGAGAGUAUCAGCAUAGUGUACGCACUUUUCUUAAAGGGACACUCCACUUUUUUAAAAAAUAUGCUAAUUUUCCAGCUCCCCUAGAGUUAAACAUUUGAUUUUUACCAUUUUGGAAUCCAUUCAGCUGAUCUCCGGGUCUGGCGCUAGCACUUUUAGCAUAGCUUAGCAUAAUCCAUUGAAUCUGAUUAGACCAUUAGCAUCGCGCAAAAAAAAUAACCAAAGAGUUUCAAUAUUUUUCCUAUUUAAAACGUCUGUAGUUACAUCGUAAGACCUACGGAAAAUUAAAAGUUGCGAUUUUCUAGGCUGAUUUUAUUACGCAGCACCUGAAAAUAGUCCCCUGCUAUUGAAAGUAACCAAGGGGACUAUUUUGGGGCACUGCAUAAUAUUACUACGCCUGCUGCAGUCAUGUUACAGCAGUAAAGUCCUUGAUUAUUACGCCAGAAUGAGAGUAUAGUUCCUAUCUGCCUAGAAAAUUGCAACUUUUAAUUUUCCGUCGUUCUUAGUACACGAUGUAACUACAGAAGAGUCAAGUUUUAAAUAGGAAAAAUAGCCAAAUGGAUUCCAAAAUGACAAAAAUCUUUGAUCUUUAAAAUGUUUAACUCUAGAGAAGCUGGAAAAUGAGCAUAUUUUCAAAAAAAGUGGAGUGUCCCUUUAAUGACGUAUGACAAAUGCGUACACUCUCUUCUGAAUGAGGACUUGACUAAGAUGGUGGCGUUACGGAAGCUAGUCAUUUUUUGUUUAUGAAGUUUUAAAUAUGGUUAUUUCUACAACAAAACUGCAUGGAUUACCAUCAGAAGGCCUUUGUUUAUCCCCCUGGAGCCGUUUGGAUUACUUUUGUGAAGGAUGGAUGCACAUUUUUUGGACAUGAAGGAGGUGGACCCCAUAUCUUUAUAUUUUAUAAAAGAUCUAGGACUUGAGGUCGUCUUGGAUCCAAACGAAUGUACCCGACAUCUUGUUCAAGAUGUUUGUUUUGAUUUAAAAAAAAUCAAUUUUUUUGGCACCUAAAGGAGCCUUUUAAUCUUUCUGCCAACUUACUGUUUAAUAUUUGGUGGUCUUUUAGUAUAUCUUUUCAUGAAACCUUUAGGCCUUUUAAUUUGCUUUUUAAUGUUUUCACUUAUUUUACAGUUACUGGGAAAACUGCUCAAUCAGUUAGGCUACCUUAAAUUUAAUAUUUUGUCAUUGGACACCAUAAUCUCAAGCAUUUUUUUUCUUGGUUUUUAGUGUUUUAGGAAAAACAACUACAUUUAAAAUUUGCUAAUCAAGUGGCACAAAUUUUAACCUGGUCAUUGAUUUCAACUGUCUCUGUUGCAGUGUAUAAACUGAUUUGCUGUAUUUUUUAACUGUAUUUUUUAACAAUAUUUCAGUAUUACAUUCCAUGUAAAAUAAUAAAAAAAUGUUUUACAAUGUU